CGCCUGCGCUCCAGGACUCGGGGCCCCAAGGCCGGCCCCAGCGUCUCCAACACGCUCAGCCUCUCCACCCACACCUUCCUCAGCGCCUGCUUUGAGGGCUGGGGCACGUGGGUGGCCUCCUGGCCGUGGACCGUCCUGCUGGUGUCCAUGGCCGUGGUGGCGGCCUUGGCCUGGGGGCUGGCCUUCUUGGCCGGAGGGCUGGCCUUCACCAAACUGACCACAGACCCCGUGGAGCUGUGGUCGGCCCCCAACAGCCAGGCCCGGCGGGAGAAGGCGUUCCACGACCAGCACUUUGGGCCCUUCUUCCGCACCAACCAGGUGAUCCUGACGGCGCCCAGCCGGCCCAGCUACCAGUACGACUCCCUGCUGCUGGGGCCCAAGACCUUCGGGGGGGUGCUGGGCACGGACCUGCUGCUGGCGCUGCUGGAGCUGCAGGAGCGGCUGCGGCACCUGCAGGUGUGGUCGCCCCAGGAGCAGCGCAACGUCUCCCUGCGGGACGUCUGCUACGCGCCCCUGAACCCCGACAACGCCAGCCUCGCCGACUGCUGCAUCAACAGCCUCCUGCAGUACUUCCAGAGCAACCGCACGCGCCUGCUGCUCACCGCCAACCAGACGCUCACGGGGCAGACGGCCCAGGUGGACUGGAGGGACCACUUCCUCUACUGCGCCAAUGCCCCGCUCACCUUCAAGGAUGGCACGGCCCUGGCCCUGAGCUGCAUGGCUGACUAUGGGGCCCCCGUCUUCCCUUUUCUCGCCGUGGGGGGCUACCAAGGGAACGAGUACUCGGCGGCCGAGGCCCUGAUCCUGACCUUCUCCCUCAACAACUACCCUCCCGGCGACCCCCGGCUGGCCCAGGCCCGGCUCUGGGAGGGCGCCUUCCUGGAGGAGAUGCGAGCCUUCCAGCGGCAGAUGGCCGGCACGCUCCAGGUCACCUUCAUGGCGGAGCGCUCCCUGGAGGACGAGAUCAGCCGGACCACGGCCGAGGACCUGCCCAUCUUCGCCAUCAGCUACCUGGUCAUCUUCCUGUACAUCUCCCUGGCCCUGGGCAGCUACACCAGCUGGCGCCGCAUGCUGGUGGACGCCAAGGUCACGCUGGGCCUGGGCGGGGUGGCCGUGGUGCUGGGCGCUGUGAUGGCUGCCAUGGGCCUCUUCGCCUACCUGAGCGUCCCUUCCUCCCUGGUGGUCCUGCAAGUGGUGCCUUUCCUGGUGCUGGCCGUGGGAGCGGACAACAUCUUCAUCUUUGUCCUGGAGUACCAGAGGCUGCCCCGGAGGCCUGGGGAGCGGCGGGAGGUGCACAUCGGCCGGGCGCUUGGCCGCGUGGGGCCCAGCAUGCUGCUGUGCAGCGUCUCCGAGGCCGUCUGCUUCUUCCUGGGGGCCCUGACCCCCAUGCCCGCCGUGCGAACCUUUGCGCUGACCUCUGGCCUCGCCCUGAUCCUGGACUUCCUGCUGCAGAUGUCGGCCUUCGUGGCCCUGGUGUCCCUCGACAGCAGGAGGCAGGAGGUAGGGGACCCGCUCGCCCGUUCUGGACGGGGCGGGGGAGGGGGCCUUCACUUUGUAGAGAGGUCGGGAGAGCGGGAGCCUGUGCCCGGUGACACACGUGGUUCCCUCCAGGUGCUGCUGUUCCUGGCCCUGUUCGGGGUGGGCCUCUACUUCAUGUGUCACAUCAGUGUGGGGCUGGACCAGGAGCUGGCCCUGCCCAAGGACUCGUACCUGCUCGACUAUUUCCUCUUUCUGAGCCGCUACUUUGAGGUGGGGGCCCCGGUCUACUUUGUCACCACCGGGGGCUACAACUUCUCCAGCACGGUGGGCAUGAACAACAUCUGCUCCAGUGCCGGCUGCGAAAGCUUCUCCUUAACCCAGAAGAUCCAGUACGCCACCGAGUUCCCCGAGCAGUCUUACCUGGCCAUCCCCGCCUCCUCCUGGGUGGACGACUUCAUUGACUGGCUGACACCAUCCUCCUGCUGCCGCCUUUAUGCCUUUGGCCCCAGCAAGGACCAGUUCUGCCCCUCGACUGUCAACUCGCUGGCCUGCUUGAAGAACUGUGUGGGUUUCACCCUCGGCCCCGUGCGGCCAUCGGUGGACCAGUUCCACAAGUACCUUCCCUGGUUCCUCAGCGACGCGCCCAACAUCAAGUGUCCCAAAGGUGGCCUGGCAGCAUACAGCACCUCCGUGAAGCUGGACCGAGACGGCCAGGUUUUGGGUAAGUGUGGCUGGGCAUGGUGGGGAAGGUGUGAGGCAGCGGCUCCAGGCCCGGCCUUCGAGGUCUUCCCCUACACGAUCACCAACGUGUUCUACGAGCAGUACCUGACGGUGGUGCCCGAGGGGCUCUUCAUGCUGAGCCUCUGCCUGGUGCCCACCUUUGCCGUCUGCUGCCUGCUGCUGGGCAUGGACCUCCGCUCCGGCCUCAUCAACCUCUUCUCCAUCCUCAUGAUCCUGGUGGACACCGUGGGCUUCAUGGCCCUGUGGGGCAUCAGCUACAACGCCGUCUCCCUCAUCAACCUGGUCACGGCCGUGGGCAUCUCUGUGGAGUUCGUGUCCCACAUCACCCGGUCCUUUGCGGUCAGCACCAAGCCCACCCGGCUGGAGAGGGCCAAGGAGGCCACCAUCUCCAUGGGCAGUGCGGUGUUCGCUGGCGUGGCCAUGACCAACCUGCCCGGCAUCCUCAUCCUGGGCCUGGCGAAGGCCCAGCUCAUCCAGAUCUUCUUCUUCCGCCUCAACCUCCUCAUCACGCUGCUGGGCCUGCUGCACGGCCUGGUCUUCCUGCCGGUCGUCCUGAGCUACCUGGGGCCUGACAUCAACAUGGCUCUGGUGUUGGAGCAGAAGCGGGCAGAGGAGGCGGCUGCAGCCAGGACAGCCUCCUGCAAAAAGCACUCCUUCCCGGAGAGCUGGGCCAACGGCACCUACGUCAACCACGGCUUCCAGCAUCCUGCCGGGAGUGGGGUCAGCUCCGGCGACCCUCCACCCCAGUGAGCAGAGCUCUGCACAGGCUCCAGGGGCCGAGAGGGUUCCCAUGGGGACCAUGACCUGCCUCCCUCCCCCUUCCCCAGGUCCUGGAGGGGGUGCUCUGCCUAUGGGGUGCUCACACUGGGACUCCCUCUGACCACCAGGUGCCCAGGCACCCUCCACCUGGGCAGCAGGUCCCUGGCUCCAAGUCAUCUGAGCCUCGGUCAGCACGCACUUGCCUCCUUCUUCCUGGGACCUGGGUCUUGGGGUCCAGACACAGACAGGCUGGCCUGGUUCCCGACGCAGACUCGGCCACAGCUGCCCCUUUCCACCCACCUCCCCUUCGGUGAAACAAAGUCCCACUUGGUGUCAGUGAGUCUUCAGCUCUGUCCAGUAUCCCCGAGAACCAAGAGCAGGACCCACCCUGCAGGCAGCCAGGGAGGGGAGGGGGGGCACUGCACCUCACCCGGGAGGGUGUCCCGGAAAGGACGCUGGUCGUGGAUUGGCCCCACUGGGAAGUGCCGUUCAGUGCGGCCUCCAGCUCCACCGAUUAUUGAGGUGGUUGCUGCCAGUCAAGGCUGCCAUGUGUCCUCAAGGCUGCGAGCUCCCGGGGACAGGCCUGGAGCGCUGGCGCGGCUCAACCCAGCCCAAUCUCCGCCUCCGUGGAGAAGCACCAGCCGAGGACGCACCUGCUCAGUGCCGAGCACAGGAGGAAGAAUAUGUCUGCUGAGCACAAAUGGAGUUUGUGGCUCAUGUCCUAUUCUGGUUGCCUCUGGACUUAAGAUAAUUUUUGUAGCCCAGCCGGUGAUGAACCAGAAGGUGGCGGUUUGAUUUCUGGUCAGGGCACAUGCCCGGGUUUCUGGCUCGAUCCCCAGUAGGGGGUGUGAGGGAGG